AUGUCGGCUGCAGCUCGACUUGUCCGACUCGUGGCUCUCUCGCUGUGCCUCCUUCCCAUUGUCACCACCGCGCAAGAGCGUUCGCUGCGGGGAGCAUCGUCGUCGUCGGGGCGAGGUGGACUACCAGACGGUUCCGCAUGUCGCCUGGACUCCAACCUCAAGCCCGCGGGGGAGCCGUGCGCCGCCUCGCCCUUCGUGUGCGUGGUGACGAGAGUGCCUACGGCCAAGGACCCCUUCUACAAGGGCAUCUGCAACUCCUCCUAUGCUGAUUCCCCGCAUUGCACGUUUUUCAGCCAGCCAUACGCGGUAGGCGCCACCGGCGUGAGCAGCAACCCCGCGUGCCACCGCUGCGACUGCAACAACCACCCCGAGAACGCCGAAGCCACAGCGCGAGCCGCAGCGUUUGCAGCCGACACCCUGUCGAAGCACGUGGGCGACACGGGCAUCCUGUCCGUGUCCGCGCAGUCGUCCCUGCGCUCCAUCCUCGCAUCGCUCGGCGCCAACACGGCUCGCUGCGACUGCCAGGUCAUCGGGCCGUGCUACGUGGACUGGAAAGGCAAGCAAGUGAAUGGCCCGGACGGGGUGAUGUGCCCGGAACGACAGAGCCGCUGCGUGAUCCAGGAGGUGGGCGGAGGCGGCGCGGACAAACAGGGCCGACCCAUAGACGCGGGGACAUGCGAGUCGGCGGGCGAGAUGAACACGUGCAUGGUGGCGGGGAAUGGGUGGGGACCCAAGUACUAUGCGCGGGGGGUGCAGGGACUACCAGAUGCUCUGGACGAGUGCAGGCGGUGCCGGUGCAGCGAUGGGAACCAGGUGUUCGGGUGCGUCAAAGUGCCCAAGUGCAAGUCAGGCGGUGGAGGCGGGUGGGACGAUGAUGCUGCUGCUGCUGCGGAUGCUGCAGGGGCAGCGGCCGUUGGCGAUGUGUAUGUGGAGGGGCUCAAGGCAUGA